CUCGGCUCGCUCGGCUCGCUCGGCUCAGCUCAGCUCAGCUCAGCUCAGCUCAGCUCAGCUCAGCUCCCCUCAGCAGCCACCAAGCCGAGGCGGGCACGGUCUCCGAGUCGCCGACGCCGGCUCCGAGCUCCCUCUCCCCGCCCGGGCUCCGCCAGGUCUCGCCUUCGCCGGGACCACUUUGGGCAGGAGUCGCGUGGCGAGGGCCAGAGUCAGCGGCACAAAGUUGGGAGCCGGUAAGGAUGAGGCUGGCCCCGGCGCCUCUGAGGCUGAGCCGGAGUCCGGCUCUGCUGGCCCUGGCGCUGCCCCUGGCCGCGGCGCUGGCCUUCUCCGACGAGACCCUGGACAAAGUGCCUAAGUCGGAGGGCUACUGCAGCCGCAUCCUGCGCGCCCAGGGCACGCGGCGCGAGGGCUACACCGAGUUCAGCCUCCGGGUGGAGGGUGACCCCGACUUCUACAAGCCGGGAAGCAGCUACCGCGUAACACUUUCUGCUGCUCCGCCCUCCUACUUCAGAGGAUUCACAUUAAUUGCCCUCAAAGAGAACAGAGAGGGUGAUAAGGAAGAAGACCACGCUGGGACCUUCCAGAUCAUAGAUGAAGAAGAAACACAGUUCAUGAGCAACUGCCCUGUUGCUGUCACUGAAAGCACACCACGGAGGAGAACGCGGAUCCAGGUGUUUUGGAUAGCGCCACCUGCAGGAACAGGCUGUGUGAUUCUAAAGGCCAGCAUCGUACAAAAACGCAUUAUUUAUUUUCAAGACGAGGGCUCUCUGACCAGGAAACUCUGUGAACAAGAUUCCACCUUUGAAGGGGUGACUGACAAGCCAAUCUUAGACUGCUGUGCCUGUGGAACUGCCAAAUACAGGCUCACAUUUUAUGGGAAUUGGUCUGAGAAGACACACCCCAAGGAUUACCCUCGUCGGGCCAAUCACUGGUCUGCGAUCAUUGGCGGAUCCCACUCCAAGAAUUACGUGCUGUGGGAGUAUGGCGGAUAUGCCAGUGAAGGUGUCAAACAAGUUGCAGAAUUAGGCUCACCAGUGAAAAUGGAAGAAGAAAUUCGACAACAGAGUGAUGAGGUCCUCACCGUCAUCAAAGCCAAAGCCCAGUGGCCAGCCUGGCAGCCUCUCAACGUGAGAGCAGCCCCCUCAGCUGAAUUUUCAGUGGACAGGACACGCCACUUAAUGUCAUUCCUGACCAUGAUGGGCCCCAGUCCUGACUGGAACGUGGGCUUAUCUGCAGAGGAUCUGUGCACCAAGGAAUGCGGCUGGGUCCAGAAGGUGGUGCAAGACCUGAUUCCCUGGGACGCGGGCACCGACAGUGGGGUGACCUAUGAGUCACCCAACAAGCCCACGAUUCCCCAGGAGAAAAUUCGGCCCCUGACCAGUCUGGAUCAUCCUCAGAGUCCUUUCUAUGAUCCAGAGGGCGGGUCUAUCACUCAAGUAGCCAGAGUUGUCAUUGAGAGAAUCGCCCGGAAGGGAGAACAAUGCAAUAUUGUUCCUGACAAUGUUGAUGAUAUCGUAGCGGACCUGGCUCCAGAAGAGAAAGAUGAAGAUGACACCCCUGAAACCUGCAUCUACUCCAACUGGUCCCCGUGGUCCGCCUGCAGCUCCUCCACCUGCGACAAAGGCAAGCGGAUGCGGCAGCGCAUGCUGAAGGCACAGCUAGACCUCAGUGUCCCCUGCCCCGACACCCAGGACUUCCAGCCCUGCAUGGGCCCCGGCUGCAGUGACGAAGACGGCUCCACCUGCACCAUGUCCGAGUGGAUCACCUGGUCGCCCUGCAGCAUCUCCUGCGGCACAGGCAUGCGGUCCCGGGAGAGAUACGUGAAGCAGUUCCCAGAGGACGGCUCCGUGUGCACGCUGCCCACCGAGGAGACGGAGAAGUGCACGGUCAACGAGGAGUGCUCGCCCAGCAGCUGCCUGGUAACCGAGUGGGGCGAGUGGGACGAGUGCAGCGCCACCUGCGGGAUGGGCAUGAAGAAGCGGCACCGCAUGGUCAAGAUGAGCCCAGCUGAUGGCUCCAUGUGCAAGGCUGAGACGUCCCAAGCGGAGAAAUGCAUGAUGCCCGAGUGCCACACCAUUCCAUGCUUGCUGUCCCCAUGGUCCGAGUGGAGCGACUGCAGCGUGACCUGUGGGAAGGGCAUGCGGACCCGUCAGCGGAUGCUCAAGUCCCUGGCAGAACUCGGAGACUGUAAUGAGGAUCUGGAGCAGGUGGAGAAGUGUAUGCUGCCCGAAUGCCCCAUUGACUGUGAGCUCACGGAGUGGUCCCAGUGGUCAGAAUGUAACAAGUCAUGCGGGAAAGGCCACAUGAUUCGAACCCGGAUGAUCCAAAUGGAGCCUCAGUUUGGAGGUGCACCCUGCCCAGAGACCGUGCAGCGAAAAAAGUGCCGCAUCCGGAAGUGCCUUCGAAACCCAUCCAUCCAGAAGCUGCGCUGGAGGGAGGCCCGGGAGAGCCGGAGGAGUGAGCAGCUGAGGGAGGAGUCUGACGGGGAGCAGUUCCCAGGCUGUAGGAUGCGUCCAUGGACAGCCUGGUCAGAAUGCACCAAACUGUGUGGAGGUGGGAUUCAGGAACGCUACAUGACCGUAAAGAAGAGGUUCAAAAGUUCCCAGUUUACCAGCUGCAAAGACAAGAAAGAGAUCAGAGCAUGCAACGUUCACCCUUGUUAGCAAGGGCGCAAGUUCCCCGGGCUGCACUCUAGAUUCCAGAGUCACCAAUGGCCGGAUUGUUUGCUUGUUUAAGACAAUUUAAAUUGUGUACACUAGUUUUCAUUUUUGCGGUGUGGUUCGCCCAGUAGUCUUGUGGAUGCCAAGGACAUCCUUUCUGAAUACUUCCUGAUGGGUACUGGCUGAGUGGGGCUUUCCCACCUUCAGUCAGCCCUCUUCCUACACAGAAGUGAGUAGUGUCAGCCGCCCUGUACUAAACUGAAACAUGUCCCUCUGGAGCUUCUGCCUGGCCAGGCAAGAUAGAGACCUUGGCUUCCACGUGGACAGGCAGCCGUGUCUGGAGAUGACUAUGUGCCUGGGUCCUGGGGUGUUUCUUUAUCAGAUGGAGAGAGCAGAUUCCCCUUGUUCUCAUCCUUUGGCCUGUUCACUCUUGCGGAGAACGACUGUUUGCCCAUUUCUUUUCAUUUAGUGGAACUUUAGAUUUCUUGUAAAGUCUCCUCAGUCAUCAGUAGUUCCUGGGGAAAACAGAGCUGCUCGACUUGAAGAGGAGCAUUGAUGUUGGGUGGCUUUUCUUCCCUCACUGAGAAACCUGAAUACAUUUAUCUCCCUAAUAUUGGUUCCUGACACCCCAAAGAAAAAAGAUGGCUGCUUUAUUUAAAUCAAAGUAACCAGUUCUUACACCUGAGAUAAAGUGUACUAAGUGUAGAAAGUAGUCUUCCCUUCCCUUUUUUUUUUCUUGCCCAUAAGUCUUCCAAGAAACCAGCCCUAUGAACCUUUUGGUACUAAAUCCUUAUUAGACCUAAGGCCAAGGCAGCAAAUUGGCCUCUCUAACAGUCCCCAGCCUGAGUUCUACAAUCUUAAGAUCUUCACAUUUAGACCUUCAAGUUUUC